AAGCUGGUGAAUGAACAAAAAUGUUGGCAAUAUGUUGUAAGCAUUGAUAAUUUAUUGAAUGCAUCAGUUGCCGGCAUAGUUUCUCUGGUUUCACUUCAUUCAAAGUGAGUUCUGGUUGAAUCUUAUCUACUUGGGCUACUGAGUGGUGCAAAAACCAAAGUCACUUAAGCAACAAUGGCUUUCUCGGGGAGCUCACUUGAGAGGCUCUCUUGGAUUUGUGGAGGCGAACUCGAUGUUGGUUCUUUUUGCAUUCAAAGAACCAUCAUAGACUUCAUAAAUGUAGUAUUUCUUUGUGUUUUCUAUCUGUCUUUGCUUGUAAGUUCUAUCAGAAAACAUCACAGCAGUGGGAGCAAUAGAAGGGGCCGGCUUUCGGUAGUUGCUUCAAUUUGUUGUGCUCUUGUUAGCAUAUUUUACUUCAGUAACGGUUUGUGGAAUUUUGCAGCCAAAACUGAAGACUUUAAUAAUAUGAGCUGGUUGAUUCAGAUUGUUAGAGGAUUUAUUUGGACCUCCCUGGCAAUCUCUUUGCUCGUGAGAAGGUCCAAAUGGAUCAUCAUUCUCAUCUCUCUCUGGUGGAUGUCAUUUUCUUUAAUGGUUUCAGCUCUUAACAUUGAAAUCUUAUCAAGAACAAAGAGUAUUCAGAUAUUUGAUAUAGUGUCAUUGCCUAUCAAUCUUUUGUUGCUCUUUUGUGCUUUCAGAAACUUCAGUCAUUUUGCUUCACAACUUACAGAAGAUAAGAGUUUAUCCGAGCCUCUAUUAGGCGAAAGGGCUGAGAAAAAGCAAACAGCUCUAGGCAGGGCUAGUUUUUUUAGCAAAUUGACAUUUUCUUGGAUUAAUCCUUUGCUUUCUUUGGGUUACUCAAAACCAUUAGUUCUAGAAGACAUUCCAUCUCUUGUUCCUGAAGAUGAAGCCAAUUUAGCAUACCAAAAGUUUGCUAAGGUGUGGGAUUCCCUUGUAAAAGUGAAGAACUCAAACGAUUCUGGGAACUUGGUCCUUCAAGCCAUAACAAAAGUUUACUGGACGGAGAAUAUAUUAAUUGCAAUCUGUGCAUUGCUCAGGACAAUUGCUGUAGUAGUUCUUCCUCUUUUGGUUUAUGCUUUCGUAAAUUAUUCCAACCGCAGUGAGGAAAAUUUGCACCAAGGUCUCUCCAUAGUGGGGUGUCUUGUAAUCACCAAGGUUGUUGAGUCUCUGUCUCAGAGGCAUUGUUACUUUGAUUCAAGGAGGUCGGGAUUGAGGAUGAGAUCAGCUUUAAUGGUGGCAGUCUAUCAGAAGCAACUAAAGCUUUCUAGCUUCGGAAGGAGAAGGCAUUCAACUGGGGAAAUUGUAAAUUAUAUUGCAGUUGAUGCCUACCGAAUGGGAGAAUUUCCUUGGUGGUUCCACUCAAUGUGGAGUUUUUCUCUGCAACUCUUUUUGUCCAUUGCUGUCCUUUUCGGAGUUGUUGGUCUUGGUGCCCUUCCUGGUUUAGUCCCCCUUUUUAUUUGUGGACUCCUUAAUGUGCCAUUUGCAAAGAUUCUGCAAAAGUGUCAAUCAGAAUUCAUGGUUGCUCAAGAUGAGAGGCUGAGGGCCACUUCUGAGAUCCUAAACAGUAUGAAAAUUAUAAAGUUACAGUCAUGGGAAGAGAAGUUCAAGAACUUGAUUGAAUCGCUCCGCGAAAGAGAAUUUAAAUGGUUGUCUGAAUCUCAGUUAAGAAAGGCUUAUGGCACAGUCAUUUAUUGGAUGUCUCCAACUCUCAUUUCUUCGGUUAUCUUCUUGGGGUGUGCCCUGAUUGGAAGUGCACCGCUGAAUGCUAGCACCAUCUUCACAGUUCUUGCCUCACUGAGGAGCAUGGGAGAACCUGUCAGAAUGAUUCCCGAAGCUCUUUCUGUGAUGAUCCAAGUCAAGGUUUCAUUUGAUAGGAUUAAUGCUGUUCUGCUGGAUGAUGAACUCAAAAAUGAUGAUGUAAGUAGAAUUUCAAUGCAGAAUUCAGAGAGAAGUGUAAUUAUAAAAGAUGGCAAUUUUAGUUGGGAUCCGGAGCUCCCCAUUCCAACUCUGAGAAAUGUAAAUUUGGAAGUGAAAUGGGGGGAAAAAAUUGCUGUAUGCGGGUCAGUUGGGGCUGGAAAAUCAUCUCUCUUGUAUGCCAUACUUGGAGAGAUACCCAAAACUUCAGGAACUGUUAAUGUAUAUGGCUCCAUUGCAUAUGUAUCUCAAACUUCUUGGAUCCAAAGUGGAAGCAUUCGCGAUAAUGUUCUCUAUGGGAAGCCAAUGGACAAGGACAGAUAUGAUAAGGCUAUAAAAGCAUGCGCGUUGGAUAAAGACAUCAAUAGUUUUGACCAUGGUGAUCUCACAGAAAUAGGUCAGAGAGGGCUUAACAUGAGUGGAGGACAAAAACAGAGAAUUCAACUUGCUCGAGCUGUCUAUAAUGAUGCCGAUAUCUAUCUCCUUGAUGAUCCUUUCAGUGCAGUUGAUGCACAUACCGCUGCAACUCUAUUCAAUGAUUGUGUCAUGGCUGCUUUAGAAAGCAAAACUGUCAUUCUAGUGACUCAUCAAGUGGAAUUUCUCUCUUCAGUUGAUAAAAUUCUGGUUCUGGAAGGUGGACAAGUUAUUCAGUCAGGAAGCUAUCAAGAGCUCUUUUUGGCUGGUACAGCAUUUGAACAACUUGUGAAUGCACACAGAGAUGCAAUAACAGUAUUAGAUCCUGCGAAUAAUGGAGGACAAGAAGGAGCUGCAAAGGAAGAUAAAGACAAGAUGGUUAGAGCAGAGGAGCCCAAUGGGACUCACAUUGUUAAAGAAAACAGUGAGAGGGAGAUUUCCGUGAAGGGUUUGCCAGGAGUACAACUAACAGAAGAAGAAGAAAAAGAGACUGGUGAUGUCGGAUGGAAGCCAUUCCUGGAUUAUCUCCUUGUAUCAAAAGGAUCCCUUCUUUUAGGUUUAGGCCUAUUGGCUCAGGCUGGAUUUGUUGCUCUUCAGGCUGGUUCAACUUAUUGGCUAGCAUAUGCCAUUCAAUUUCCUAAAAUCAAUAAUGGCAUUCUAAUUGGUGUCUACUCUGGCAUCUCAACAGCCAGUGCUGUUUUUGUAUAUUUUAGAUCAUUAUCUGCAGCACUUCUGGGGCUAAAAGCUUCUAAAGCAUUUUUCUCUGGUUUCACUAAUUCGAUAUUUAAAGCUCCCAUGCUUUUCUUCGACUCUACUCCUGUUGGGCGGAUUUUAACCCGAGCUUCAUCAGAUUUGUGUGUCCUUGAUUUUGACAUACCGUUUGCGAUUAUUUUUGUGGCUGCUGCUGGUGUUGAAAUGAUAGCAAUUAUUGGAAUUAUGACCUUUGUAACAUGGCAAGUUCUCAUUGUGGCCAUUCUUGCUAUGGUUGCAGUGAAAUAUAUUCAGGGGUAUUACAUAGCAACUGCAAGGGAGCUAAUCAGAAUAAAUGGAACAACGAAAGCUCCUGUUAUGAAUUAUACAGCUGAGACAUCACUUGGAGUGAUCACAAUAAGAGCCUUUAAUAUGGUGGAUAGAUUUUUCCAGAACUACUUGAAGCUUGUUGAUACAGAUGCCAUACUUUUUUUCCAUUCCAAUGCUGUCAUGGAGUGGCUAGUUCUCAGAAUAGAAGCAAUUCAAAAUUUUACUCUCUUCACUGCUGCUUUCCUCCUUGUAUUAAUUCCUAAAGGCUAUGUAGCUCCAGGGCUUGUUGGACUCUCUCUUUCUUAUGCUCUUUCACUAACGGGCACCCAAGUUUUCAUGUCGCGAUGGUACUGCUACUUGGCAAACUACAUUAUUUCUGUUGAACGGAUCAAACAGUUCAUGCACCUACCACCAGAGCCUCCAGCUAUAGUAGAAGACAAGAGACCACCGUCUUCAUGGCCUUUUAAGGGCAGGAUAGAACUGCAGGAACUGCAGAUUAGGUACCGUCCUAAUGCACCAUUGGUACUCAAGGGAAUCACCUGCACAUUUAGUGAAGGCACCAGGGUAGGAGUAGUGGGAAGAACUGGAAGUGGCAAAACCACACUUAUAGGUGCUUUGUUUCGUUUGGUCGAGCCUGCAAGUGGUACAAUUCUGAUAGAUGGGCUUGACAUUUGUUCAAUUGGUCUUAAAGAUUUAAGAAUGAAGCUCAGCAUCAUCCCUCAAGAACCAAGUCUUUUUCGAGGUAGUGUUAGAACCAACUUGGAUCCUCUAGGCCUCUAUUCGGACAAAGAAAUAUGGAAGGCUCUGGAGAAGUGUCAGCUCAAGGCAACAAUCAGCAGCCUGCCUAACAAACUAGAUUCAUCUGUGAGUGAUGAAGGCGAAAACUGGAGCGUGGGGCAACGCCAACUGUUUUGCCUUGGAAGAGUCCUCCUGAAGAGAAACAGAAUUCUAGUUCUAGAUGAAGCUACUGCUUCAAUAGAUUCUGCAACAGAUGCCAUUUUACAGAGAAUUAUUAGGCAGGAGUUUGUCAAUUGCACGAUGAUCACAGUAGCUCACAGAGUCCCAACUGUUAUUGAUAGUGACAUGGUCAUGGUCCUCUCUUUUGGGAAAUUGUUAGAAUAUGAUGAACCAUCAAAGCUUAUGGAGACAAAUUCAUCCUUUUCAAAGCUGGUGGCUGAGUACUGGUCCAGUUGCAGGAAAGGAAACUCCUACCAAAACCUGACAACCAGCAGUGAUGAUAGUAUAAUUAGAAUAUAAACGAGAGUUAAGCAAUCGGUAUUGUUGUCACUUAGCUAGCAUUUUUACAGGUUAUUUGUGUAUUUGAAUAGUACAAGUAUUUUGCAAAGGCUGUUCAGUGUGCAUGUAUCAGUUAUUGUGAACAGAAAUAAAGAUGUAUGUAAUGUAAUAGAAUAUGAUUCUGGAUUUUUAGAAGAUAUAUAAAAUAUGGGUUGAUUUCCAGUC